UUGAACUCUCCAACAGGAAAAGCUUGGAAUAACAGAUGAACAAUCCCACAAGGAAAGCUGUGUAUGAGUAUGAACAUAAAAUAAUAAUUAAACUUGGAUUCACAACGUUUUUGCGUAGACACAAGGAAGAGGCCGAGUUUAUUAUAUAUACAGCAGCCGUGCGUUUAUAAAUUAUCAAGCUAGCCAGCCAGCCAACACUACUUCUGUCCAUUAGCUAGCCUGAUCAUUUCAUGCAAUGGCGAAUAUUGGAGGAGUGAGACCGGGAGGGAUUGCAGAGAGAACACGCUCGCGUCACCACCUUGUUGAAGAGUACGUUCCUUCUUCGUCUUGGACAGAGGACUCGAAUAGCCACUGUCUUCUCGUUGAUCUUCCUGAUUUUAGAAAGGAGGAAGUGAAGCUUCGAGUAGAUGACCCUGGGAAGUUAACGGUGAGCGGAGAGAGGCUGGUGAACAACAGCAAAUGUAUAUAUUUCGAGCAAACGUUCAAGCUUCCACAUAAUUCAGAUACUGAUAAUAUCACUGGAAAAUUUGAUGGUGAGAUUCUGUAUGUAACUGUUCCAAAGCAAGAAGAAACGUCCGAAGAGCCUGAUCUAAACCAGCCUAACACUAUCGGUGACCAAAAAUACAAUAAUGAAAUAUUAGAAGAGAAGGAAAGUAGUGGUAACAGCAGGGAUGGUUACAGACUUGUUCCAAGGAAAUGUUGGGGACAGGAGGAUGAGGCUACACCAUUAGAAAAGGCUUCGAGGAUGAUGAAGAAAAACAAGGGGAUUUUACUGAUGGCUGUUUUAGCAUUUUCACUUGGGGUUUUAGUUGGGAUAUACAAAUAAUGAAAAUGAUAAAUAUAAAAUUUCUUAGGAGGUUGAAGUAUCCCGUUUGAUAAAUUUAGAGUUGUUUAAGGUUUAUACAAAGAUUGUCUGAAGAUUAGAUUUUCUUUUCGGUUUUGAA